CCCCACGGUUGCGAUCUCUCGCCCCCAACGGAUUGUCGAAGCGAAUGGAGUCGCACCCUCCGCAGGAAGCGCCAGCUCCCCGCCGGCUGCACAUAAGUAACCCCUGUCCAGAGCCGGAGGACCACAAAGGGGCAUCCACUCUUGCUGGCUCAACAGGCCUGGCGACGGCCACACCAAACAGAGGCAGGUCCUUUCGGUUAGACAUCAGGAGGCGUGGCGCCCCAAAGCAGUCGCUGGUGGACAGCGAGAGGACAGACUUGAGCAGAGACAAUUUCUUCCGGUACAAGAGAAGACGCUGGAAGUGGCUCGGCCUGUUCUGCCAUCUCUGUGUGCCCUUCAUCGUGCUUCUGGGUGAGCGGUGCCUUGUGUGAACAAAGCCUGUCAUGCUUGCCUUAUGGACACAUCUGGCCCGUUCAGCUGAUAUGCUGGCCUUAUGGGUGCACGACUUAAUCCACAAGACCAUCAUCACCGAGUCGAUUGAAAUGGGCACGACAUUCACCACAGAGAGAGGUAAGUCGAGCGAGCAAUGUGCGUAUACUGCUCUCUUGUACCCUUGUACGUGUAGUGGUGGAGAAGGUGGAAUUUUUCUUCGACGACCAUCGAUUCCUCACCAAGCUCAUCGAAGAGACGCGCCUGAUUUCCUUCUGGCACGGUUGGUUCCAUCACACACGUCUACUGAGGCUUGGGAGCCCUGGCACUUUGUGCCGUAUUUUGCCGCUUGCAGAGGCUCAGUACCAGGCGGCUCCACUAAUAGUGUCAGAAUUCCUUGAAAACGUCACCGAAUUCGCUUAUGACGUCAAGAAUGUGAGAUCGAUGUUGGGCGUUGAGCGAGGGAGGGAGGGCCUCAUGCACUCCCUCCCAUUCGGCUGUACAUUACAUUUGCAGCUAAAAGCUGAGUCGGAAUACUUCUCCAUUCACAUGGACGGCAACAUGUCCUGGUCGAUGGCGCGGGUCAAUGCGACGGAGAUGCAAAUACGCACACAGUAAGCAGCUGAGACGUGACAGUCGCGUGGCGACCAAAGUCGUUGUCCUUUUCCUCUUUCAGGGUCCCUGUGAACACUUCUC